GGCGGGGCGAGUCGGAAUACGGGUGGAGAGAAUAACGCAGCCUCCGUUCUCCUCAAACUCAUGUCCGUAGCUGAGCUGAAAACAAAGCUUCAACAAGUUUAAGUCGGAGACGAAGCCGCUUCUCGUCGUCUUUUAUUUGCCUAAUGUCUAUGCACCUUAGCUACCCUGUUCUCUAAAAGCUCCAGAUCUCCAUCCAGCAGCCUCAUCCACAUCCCAGUUUUCUUUCCCGAAGCGUCCGGCAUCCCUCGGUGCCAUGAACUGGGCAUUUCUCCAAGGCCUCCUGAGCGGGGUCAACAAGUACUCUACAGCGUUCGGCCGCGUGUGGCUCUCAGUCGUCUUCCUCUUCCGGGUCAUGGUAUUCGUUGUGGCUGCGGAGAAGGUGUGGGGGGAUGAGCAGAAAGACUUCACGUGCAACACGGCCCAGCCAGGCUGCCACAACGUCUGCUAUGACUUCUUCUUCCCCGUGUCCCACGUGCGGCUUUGGGCCCUGCAGCUGAUCUUCGUCACCUGCCCCUCGCUUCUUGUGGUGCUUCACGUGGCCUACCGCGAGGAACGGGAGCGCAAGCACCAGCUGAAGUACGGCGAAGGCUGCCAGCGGCUCUACCAAAACACAGGCAAGAAGCGCGGAGGCCUCUGGUGGACCUAUGUCCUCUCACUGAUCUUCAAGAUGGGCGUAGACGCAACUUUCAUCUACCUGCUCUACUACCUGUACGCGGGCUAUGACUUCCCAUCGAUGGUCAAGUGCAUUCAGGAGCCCUGUCCCAACACGGUUGACUGCUUCAUCUCACGACCCACCGAGAAGAGGAUCUUCACGCUCUUCAUGGUGAUCACCAGCCUGGUGUGCAUCCUCCUCUCGCUCUUCGAGAUCCUCUACCUGAUGGGCAAGCGCUGUUGCGAGUGCGUCUCAAAGUUACAGGGCUCCAAGCAGGCGGCCCGGGCCACGGCUAUCCAGAACACCAACAGCCUGCUGGAGACCAACACCAAACGGUUGGUACGCAAAGGCGAGCCCGCUCCACAGUACAUGGUGACGGUUGCAAUAUGAGAAGAACAAGUACCAAAACACAAGAGACUCAAGACCCAAGGGAUUUAACUGGACAAUGAUAAUAAUCGUAAGGGUAUUUAACUCUAAAUGCCUAGAUGUGUUGUUCAGUUAUUCAUUGAGUGACACAGGAGAGACCACCAUUAGGGUAUCUCAAGAGGGAUCCUCAUGAGACAAGAAACUGAAGAGCCUACGUGGUCCUGAGAGGUUUCUGUCUUAACUCAAAGACUGAGAAUGCAUUUAACUUCCAAGUCUGCGAAAAGAUCGAGUUCAGAGUGGGAAGAACACACACAACAUUCUGCUUAUCCAUCAAUCUGUGCCUUUAUCGUCCCAAGACAGGCUUGUUUUUACUACUUAGAAAUUUACCCUCAGGUCGUUCUUUCCUCAUACCAGGUAACCAGUGGAGACUGGCUCGAUCAAAAGUCUUGGAGAAGAUGUGUUCCUACAUAAACACUGAACGGGGUGGAGCUCCAUCAGGAAAUGCCUAGAACAAGUUCUCUCAAGUCUUCCCUUUGCGUUUUCAUCCACACAUUCAGGCCUGCUUCGGCUCUGAAUCAAAGCGGACAAGAAAAAGCAAGCUAGGCCUUCUGUUCAAAGGCAAAGCCGGCCAUCUGUCAUCCUCGAGUCAGAGAAGAGAAUAUUGUGCAAACAGUGAACUGAUGUAUCAGCCCCACACCCGAGUACAGGUUCGGACAGAGAAGGCCAUGCUGCCGUAGGGAUCGGCCCAGGAACAGACUUUUCUUCGCUGUUUUCUUUUACACAGUGGUGGUGGUGGUGGCCUAGCGGCCAGAGAAUGUGGUGAUGAACAAAAUAUUUCCUGGAGCUGAUGAUAACUGAUGUAUCCAUUGUUCCCCAGAGUGAGACACUUUGUGACAUUGUAGUCAAACUAUGCAAAAGGCCAUUCCAAAUCUUGAACGGCACUGAGGUAUUGAAUGCUAGUGUUACACUUGAAAUGAGAAAUAAAGAACAAAAUUUAGAGCUUAUCCAGCACUUAUAAAGUACAAACAGUAGACAAUGUAGUGGACUUACAGGGUGACUAGCGUGUAAUCUUUUAAAGUGCCUAAAUCUCAGUAUGUUUCUUAUUCAGGUUAAUGAGGAUACUGUGUUUCUAAUAUGAAAGAACAUAAGGAACCAACUGUAGCCAUUUUUUACAAAAAAGGAUGAAUCAUUAAAGUAAAGCCCUAUUGGAGCUGGAUUAGUUUUACCAGGCGAGGGCCGGUAAUGUAAUCUGUACAUGAUUUGACUGGCUGAUUUGUACGGGAGAAAGGAUCUCAGUAAUUUACCCAAAUUAACCCAAAAAGCCUGAAUCGAAACAUCAUCAUACGGAUGUAAACAUCAGCAUUAUGCGACAGGCACCACACUUCCGAACAAUAACAACACGUUGUGUGGCUAAACGAUAUAUAGACUAGCAUUAGGCUAGAAAAGUGGGUUCAUUCAACUUACCAAAUUAUAGCAGUUACAUUCAGGCACCUGACUCUGUGUACACACCGGCAGCGACUUUUUGCCUCUUGUCAUUCAAAUCGCUGGUUGCUCAUCGCUUGUGGGCCAUGGUUGGUUGCCAUGGUUUCGCUGACCCCAAGCACAAAUUUCCGCUAGAAAUACAAAUCCUGGUGAGAAAUUGCUUGUGUGCUUAUUUUUAUUUAAUCCCUGUGUCUGUGCAGUCAGUAUGUGAGGAACACAGUAUUUGGUCUUUGCGAUUAUUGUCUGUUUGCAGUGAAAGCACCGCUGCCAUUAUUCCAUCUCUAGUAAGAACAAUUACCUAGGAACUGAAACAGGAGCGCACUGUUUUGCAGUGGCGGAGAUAAAGCGCGUACUAUGCCGCUCAAUGCUCAAUUCCUAUUGGUAGUCGUCACAUCGCUUCACUCCUUACAUGCAUAAAGUUAUAAUUCGCUCAAUUUUGUUGUGUCGCUGACUCAGCUGACUUCGCGUUGCCAAUUUUCGUGUUCAGUAAUCAUUCAAAUUACAGCGCGUCCUCAUGUAAUACUAAUCCAGCUCAAAUAGGGCUUGAGUAAUUAGUUUUAAAGAGUCACAUUAUCUCAUAUUUUAAACACAACACAUACACGAUAAAUACACAAUAAAAGUCAGAGACCUCCCUUUCCAGUCAAAAUGACCAUUAAGUUAUUCAUUUUCAGCAUCAGGAAAAAAAAGCAGACAAAACGGAACACAAAAGUCUCAACAGCUAAAGAUGAUCUCAAUUUUCUCUUAAGUCUCUCGACUUUAUUUUAUCUUCCAUUCUUUUCAUGAGAGUCAGUCUUACAAAGAAAUCCGCAGGCGUAUUUUUCCACACCUACCAAGUUCAGUCUUAGAAGUUGGUUGAACUUUUCAUUCUCACAAUCCUGAUUUAACCAUUUGGUGUCCUACUAUAAUUUAAGCACUCAGUUAGUUUGCACUAGUUAUUGGAUAAUAAGGCUUAGGAUGGAACAAGCCUGGAAAUUUAAGGCAGUAAAAUAUAUACAGUAUAAACUGUAGUCUGCAUUAUCUUUGCUUUACCAGCAGAACUGCAAAACUGACUGCAAACUGGAAUCCACAUGUAACCAAAACCCCAACUCUUAACCCGGGCAGUGUACAGUUCAGCACAGUGAAAGCAAGUAAUAUCGCCUGAUUAGUCAUCGCUCAUGGUUUUUUCUGCUAACAUCUGGAUGGACUUUUCUUUUGAGAAAAACUAAAAAAAGUUCACAUUGGCUGCUCCCAAAGGUUUUUCAUGACAUCCGUUCUGCACAGUGACUCAUUUUUAUGCUUUAAUUUAGUAGCACAAACGUGUUUAACAGCAUACCAAGAAAGACUGCAGCUGAUAAGCCCACCCAGCACCUUAUUGUGAAAUAUCCAUAUGCUGUAUGGCAACUUUCUUGCUGUAUGCGUAGGAACCAUUUCACAGCCAAUGUUGCUUAAAGGGAAAUUCCACAGAUUUUUAACAUUAUCUACAUAAUGAAGCAUUCAAGAGUGGUUUGACAUGAAAUGCAGAGUCAGAAUUGUUCACAGUGGUGGUGAUUGGAACCAGACGUCACAAUAUAACACAAAUAUAGCCAUUUUAUUUACUAUCCAACAGCAAGAGUGACUCUACAUGUGUUUUCCGAGUUUAUAUGUGAAAUGUUGAAAAUGACAAAGUGAUAAAUCUGGAAAUAAGGUUUUCUUUGGGUACUAUUUUGCCUUACAACACCCUGCACAUACCCCUCCACCAAGAAUGUAUUUCGAAAAUCUGUUUUAGGCACAAAUUGUCUCUUAAAACUACAGAAAAUGGUGUAUAACUUUUUUUAACAUAGUGGCCUUCUAUGGAAGCCUUUAGAGGCAUUAAACUCUUCAGACGCCUGGUUCCUAUCACCAUCACUGUGAAUAAUACUGAGACCAGGAGCUGUAAGGAAAUCUGUAUAGUUUACAUCUGAACGAUUGAAUUAUGCAGAAAUUUGGAAAAAUCGGUGGAAUUCAUCCUUGAGCAAAGUCUGUUUACGCUUUUCGGACACCUCUUUGGCCACAGGCUUGCUUGUUUUUUGGUUGCUACACUUUUUGAAAUGAAAUUUCAUGCAUUUUUUGUACAUGUUAUUUACUUUUAGAGCUACUCUACUGCCAGCACCUGGUCUCGAUACACGCACUUCCUGCAGGAAUUCUUAGGGUGGAACUCGUUUGAGCUGGGAACAUUUACAGACAGGUUUACUGUUGUUUUGAUGAACAAACUGCUGCACUCAGGGAAUGCAGACUUUCUGCACCUUCUACUGAACGACUGUCAUUUUCUCAGUGCAUUGCAGCAUUUCUCUGUGACAGGUCCAGUCAGGGAUUGUUGGUGUCUUUGCAUGUGUUUUGUUUUUGGCCUUUUUUCAUGAGCUGAAUGGUCUCUAGGCCUGCAGCUGCCCAGACCUGCUGUACGAUCAAAUCCUACACAUGUUGUUGGGAGACAGAAGAGGAGACGAGCAUGUUUGGCUUUUCACUCAUAAACAUGCAUCCCCUGAAUGUAAACCACUCUGAUCGUGGAUUUCCUCUGUUUGGCCUCCAUCUUCCCAGCAUUCCUUCCUGCUUACCAUGUGCAUCUUGUAUUGUUUACAGUUUCACAUUCAUUAAAGUCUGUUUUGUAUUUUCUUAA